AUGUCUCUAUUCAAUCCCCACAACACACCUCCUGAACCAAUCCCAGAAUUACCUCUUGCGCCAAUAAUAUGGCUAUCCCAGCCCGCCAAACGCCUCUACUGGACUCUCCAAGGUCCCCUCUCCACAUCCAUCACCGUCAUGCCUCUAGACCUCAACCCUGACGCCCCACGCGAAGCCUACUUCCGCCAAACCCUCGCCGGCACCACCUGGCACCCCAUUUCCGAAUCUCCCCUCACCGAGCCCCCCGUCUCCUCUUUACAAGUCAAGGAAACCAACCUGAGGGACUGGCGCGAUAACUGGUGGACCGGCAACCAGGAGGGUUACGAUGAGGAUGAUGACGAACCGGAGGGGGAGCCGCCUGAGUUUGACCUCCCGCUGGUUGUGACUGCUUCCAAUGGGCGGUAUGUGACGGUGCACGAUUAUGUCACGGCGGUGCAUCCGUGGCUCAUGGAGCAGAGAGAGCAGAUUCUCAAGGCGAGGAAGGUGGUGGAGGAUGAUGAGUAUGAGGCUGUGGGGAAUGAGAGGUUGUUGGUGCAGAUGAAUAAGCCGGCGGAGAUUUGUGCUGAGGAUGAGGAUGAGUGGAAAGAGAUGCUGAGGAAGAGAUUUAGGAAAGGGUGGACGUGA